CUCUCUCUCUCUCUCGUUCCCGGCCAUGGCGAACCCGAGAGGGGCGGCGCCUCCGUUCCUCCACCCCCGCCUCCGGCGGCUCCUCCGGUCGCCGAUCUCGCGCUGCGCGUGGCUCCUCCUCGCCUUCGCCGCGCUCCUCCUCCUCUACUCUCUGCGCCAGGUCGCGCGGGUCGACCUCCGCCGCCCGGACCCGCCCCGCCAGGUGUCAAGUGACAAGCUCUGGGCUUCUAAUGGCUACGGUUAUCAUGCUUGUGUUACACCAACCUCUAGAUAUACGGUUCCCAGAGAGUCAGAUCACUAUAUGACCGUCAGAAGUAAUGGAGGACUCAACCAAAUGCGCACUGGAAUCUGUGAUAUGGUUGCAGUUGCCCGUUUGGUGAAUGCAACACUUGUUAUCCCUCAGUUAGAUAAGCGAUCCUUCUGGCAAGAUACCAGUACAUUUAAAGACAUCUUUGAUGAGCCUCAUUUUAUCAAAGCUCUGGAAGGGGAUGUCCACAUUGUGAGUGAUUUGCCUCAAAGCUUGCAAUCUGUUCCAAGAGCCCGUAAGCACUUUACAUCAUGGUCCAGUGCAAGUUAUUAUGAGGAAUUGAAAGAACUCUGGAAGGAUCACAAGGUAGUUCACAUCCCAAAAUCUGACUCACGACUUGCUAACAGCAGACUUCCAAUUGAUAUCCAGAGAUUGAGAUGCCGCUGUCUUUACCAAGCACUGCGCUUUUCGGAUCCAAUUGAGGACCUUGGAAAGAAGCUAGUGGAGCGCCUAAGAUCUCGUGGAAAAUUUAUUGCUCUUCAUCUACGAUAUGAAAAAGAUAUGCUUGCAUUUACGGGAUGCACCUACGGUCUGAGUGAUUCAGAAGCAAACGAAUUGAGACUUAUGCGAGAGAGAACAGGCCACUGGAAAUUGAAGGACAUAAACUCAACUGAACAGAGAUCUGAAGGCAACUGUCCACUGACUCCAAAGGAGGUGGGGAUUUUUCUGCGCGCAAUGGGCUAUCCUGAAUCCACAUGGAUCUACCUUGCAGCUGGCGAAAUUUAUGGUGGUGAGAAGUAUAUAUCAAAAUUGAGAUUGUACUUCCCAAAUUUGGUUAGCAAGGAGGCAUUAGCAACAAAAGAAGAGCUUGAGAAGUUCGACAAUCAUGCUUCUCAAGUUGCAGCCCUUGAUUACAUAAUUUCAGUUGAAAGCGAUGUGUUUGUUCCAUCACACUCUGGCAAUAUGGCAAAAGCUGUGGAAGGCCAUCGUCGAUUUCUGGGGCAUCGCAAAACUAUCACUCCUGAUAGGAGAGGAUUGGUGGAACUCUUUAAUUUACUGGAGAAGGGGGAGCUCAUGGAAGGUCUGAAGCUGUCCUCACUUGUUACUGAGAUGCAUAAAUACAGACAAGGGGCUCCUAGGAAGAGAUACGGAUCCUUACCAGGAAGCAAGGGCAAAGCACGUCUUCGGACGGAGGAAUCUUUCUAUGAAAACCCACUUCCAGAGUGCAUCUGUCUGACCGGGAAGCACUGAUGUUAUGCUGAUGCAUAGCUAUGUACAUCCCAUGGGCUCACUCGCACUGGAACUGCGCUAGUGCUUCUCUUUGGCCAUUGGAGCUCUACGGAUGCUUUGAAACUACACCGAUACUCCAUGACGCAACUCAGUCAAGGACGUCUUACUUCCAGUGAUCAUCAUCCAAUGACCUUGUUGGCCCAGACGGAGGUCUGGUCAUUGUAAUCAAGCAACUGUACAUGAAUCAGUUCAUUGCCACAAAAUACAGUGAGUUGAUAUGUAGGUCGUAGCCAUGAAAAUUUUGGAGAACACAUGUGGUAUGUGCCUUUGGGAGGAUCUGUUGCCUUAAGGGCAAUAUCUGAAAAAUUCUGUAACUAGAAUUUGGCCCUCUAAGGAGGAGGUUUACACAUACUGUUGAACUGCUUCAGUUUUGCAGUUUUUAAGUGAUCAUCAAAACUGAUGUUUACUAAUCCUCUCCACCAUAAUAGCAUCCCUCAUGUCCUCCAAUUGUAUUAUCACAAUCAGGCACUGUAAAAGAAUUGUAUCAAACACUAGACGACACGAAAUGAUUCUGCUAUUUGCUUCA